UUCUCUACGGAGAAAAAGUCUAUUAGUUACCGAUUGUUUGAAACACUUGACGAAAUUGACGUUGAAUUGCACGUUCCAAUUGGAUUUCUUCUUGAUGAGGUUACUGCAGAUGCAUGGGGAGUUUUGAGGACAGAGCCAUUGGUAACACGCCUGAAUUUGUCGUUAUCACAAUACCUCGAGUCGUCAAAUCCACCUAAAGUUGAAGUAUUUCAACUAUCUAAGAAGGAGGGAUUUAGGUUCGGAAGUCAAGUACGUAAAAAUGUCUUGAGAAUUUUUUGUCGUCUGAAUGGGAUCAUUUGUGUGGAGGGGACUAUCAGGAGCAUUUCUGAAGGUUUUGAAUGUUCUAUAGAACCUGAUUUAGCAAGGAAUGCGUUAAUCAUUACACGUGGAAAUAUUGACGAAGCGUCCAAAUUGAUUCUUGAAAAUCCAAAUAAAUGCGCGGAAGGAAAUGGAGAAACUUUUGAGGAUGUUAUUGCUGAAGCAGUACCAUCUAAGUCAGAAUCGUCAUCUCCUGCCGAAAUUAAAAAUCAGAAACCUUUUAGGUCAAUAUCACAAUUGUCUGAAGACGAAAAUGUUUUUCAGUUUGGAGAAGUGGAUAUAUUUAAUGAAGAUUUAUACAAAGGCACAAAGACUGAAAAACCAAAAGAAAAACCAGAAGAGAUUGCAAGCACUGAUUUGAAGAGACAGUUGUCGCAUCCAACAGUUUUAAAUAAAUUGAAACGUAUGUUACCAAGUCUUGCACGCACAACCAGUGUAAUGCCUGAACAUAGCACUUCGUGUGUUAUUGAAGAUUUGAAUUUAAUGCAUUUGUCUAAAUUGGACGGAAAAAAUGCCAAAGUUGUUCCAAGUAUUGCCGAUGGAUUCUUGAUUCAAGUUUUCAGAUAUGUACGACAAAGAAUUCCAACAAUGAACGAGUAUUGCGUAAUCUGUGAUGCCCGACAUGUAUUUCAAAAUGGUGCAAUGUUAAAACCGACUGUUUGUGGCAAAGAACUCUGCGUGUUCGCAUUUCUGAAUUUAGGUGUUAUGGCAGAUGCCGUAGAAGACAUUGAAGUUGUUGAUUUGCUGAUUAGUUUGACGCGUGCAGCGGCCCUUUCAAACUGUAAUCAUAUUAUAUUCGACCCUUUUCCAACGGUUAUCGAUCCUGACAACACGCGUAAUUUAUUGUUUACACCAAACAAUCGUGACUAUGACUUAGUUAAAAAGGUGUUACAAGAAAUGCCCAGCAUGUCAGAUAUGGCAUGUAUGACGUCAUCACUAAAACAGAAGUUGGAUCAGAGUAACCGAAGUGUAUAUCCCGUAAUACAGUGGAUUAUAACUAGUAACAGAUCGCAUAUAGUGAAGUUGUCACCAGAGAGACGGCUAGAAUUCAUGCACACACCACACCAGUUCUUACUUCUAUCCAGCCCCCCAGCAAAGGAGGCCGCCUUUCAAGAAGCCAAGAAAAAACAUGGAAGUACAUUUGCCUUUCAUGGAUCCAGUAUAGAAAACUGGCAUUCUAUAAUAAGGCAAGGUCUCAUGAAUGCGUCGGGUACGAAGUUGCAAGUGAAUGGUGCUGCCUAUGGUGAAGGGAUAUACCUGAGCCCACAUAUUUCAACAUCGAUGGACUAUUCCAGGAUGGGUUAUGGCUCACACAGCGUAAACAAAAACAAGUCCAAGCCAGACACAAAGACGCGGUUCUUAACUUCUAGCAAUAUUACAUGUAUUGCCAUAUGCGAGGUGAUCACAUCACCGUUGAAGAAGAACAAUGCAAUAUGGGUAUGUCCUGAACCGGACAAUGUGUGUACACGAUUUUUCUUUGUGUACGAAGAUGGCCAAGUCGGAGAUUCAUCCAUUGACACACAGGACAGUAUAUUCUUGAAACAAAUUCAGGAAGCAUGUGGAUAUAAAGUGUGACUUUUCGAAAAAGUUUUGAUUGGAAAUUUAACCCUUACUCAGCCUGACCAUUUUAUUACAUAUUUUUCUUGAAAAUAUCUAACAGUGUUUUUUUCAAUUUUUCAAAACAACCUGUAGCUUUCUGAAGGGGAAAAUAUAGCGCGAUAACUCAGAAAAGGGGCAUAUAUUGUUGCAUAUUCCAACAACUAAAAAUGAAAUUUACUCACACAUUUUAUAAAAUUUUCAAUUUCAGUUCAAUUUAACAUGCAUGGUACAUAGCAGAGGAUAUCUAGUAUUAUCUACAUUUGUAUAGGGACAGCUUUCUGUCUUCUAGCUGAUGUGUCAGCUGCUGUUAAGUCAUUAACCUAGUGAAGAAUGUGCACAUGGCAUUUUUGGGGAAAAUAGAAGCAUUUGUAGGUGAAAAUAUACUUAUUUUGGGAAGGGGAAACAGCCUUUAUUCGGCUGUAAAAUACAGCGGAAAGAAAUCACUGUCUAAGUAUUACAGGAAUUUAUUUAGAAAAGAAAAUAUGAUUUCAAAAAAAGGAAAAAAAUAUGUGUACUUUUCAUGGAAGAAAAUGAUUGUGGAAAAUUGACUAGUGAUAUAAUUUCUUUCUGAAAGACACUGAUUCAAUUGAAGACUCAAAACUAAUUUUAGUUAUCUACCGGAAAUAAUGUCAGCAUCAUACAAUGUCAAAGACAACAAUGUUCAUGUAUAUAUUUUGGCGCACUUAAACAAUAUGCAGAAACUUCAUAUUGUAAUUGAUAACAAAAAACACUAGUAAAAUUCAGUAUAAAAACAAAGAAACAAAAAUGUAAAAACAGUACACAUGUAUACAUUAUAAGUGAAGUGGAAUGGGAAUUAAUUGACCACUUUAUUAAUAUAUAAUAGCCUGUAAAAUUAGAUGUUACUUUUUUAAAGGAACAGUGUAGUCUGAAUAAAAGAGGUAUGCAUUUUCCAAAGUUUUGGAAAAUGGUAACUGACAAGGUUUUGUUUGUUUGUUUGUUGGUUUUUUUUUGUUUUUUUUUUGUUUUUUGUUGUUUUUUUUAAAAAAAAAAGGGAAUUUAAUGUUACCAGUUACUAAUUUUAAAGGGCCCCUUUGGUAUUGUGGUAUUGACACUUACUUUUAGGUCAACAUUCUAUGCAUAAUAUUUCGUGAUUACUUUGCAUGUACAAUGUUUAAGAUGAACUUUACAACACUUACAAUGACAAUAUUUUUGUUUUGGUCUUUCGUUUGCAUGUUACUUUUAUUUUGUAUAAUACUUAUAUUUUGUGUAUACUUUUAUGCAUGUUUUAAGAAGUUCAGUUUAUUUUUUAAGACAUUUGUAAGCUUAAAAGACCACACUGAGGUCAAUAAUUAUUAGCUCACCAGAGCGGAAGGCUCAGGGUGAGCUUUUAGUAAAGGUAAAGGGGGAUGCUCUUGCGUCCGUCGUCAUGCGUCAACAAUCGUCUUCUUCUCUGAAACUUCUAAGCAGGUUUACUUCAAAUUUGGUCUGUAGCAUCCUUGUGACAGUCACACUUGAAUUUGCUCAUGUCAUUCCAAUUGGCCCCUUUAAGGGACCAGCAGAGCUAAAAAUAGAAACAUAUUUAAGCAUCUUCUUUUACAGAACUAAUUGAUGAAUGAUCACCAAACUUUGUCUGUAGCAUUCUUGGGUAGUCUUUUAUCAAGUUUGCUCAAAUUUUAUCUAGGGCUAAAAAUAGAAAAACCUUUAAACAUCUUCUUCUACUGAACUGAUUGCCGGAUGAUCACCAAACUUUGUCUGUAGCAUUCUGGGAUAGUCUUUUAUCGAGUUUGCUCAUAUUAUUUUGAUUGGCCCCUUUUGGUUGCCACUAAAGCUAAAAAUAGAAAAAAACUUUAAACGAAUGAAUUGAUGGAUGAUAACCAAACUUUGUCUGUAGCAUUCUUAGGUAGUAUUUUGAUCAAGUUUGCUAAUGUUAAUUUGAUAAGCCCCUUUUAGGGGCUGCUAAAGCUGAAGAUGGAAAUACCUUUAAAUGUCUAUUUCUAAAGAAAUAAUUGAUGGAUGAUCAUCAAACUUUGUCUUCAGCAUUGUUGGGUAGUCUUUUAUCAAGUUUGCUAAUAUUAUUUUGAUUGACCCCUUUUAGGGGUCUUUAGGCCUAAAAAUAGAAAAACCAUUAAACAUCUUCUCCUACAGAACUAAUUGAUGGAUGAUCACAAAACUUUGUCUGUAGCAUUAUUUGGUAGUGUUUUAUCAAGUUUGCUCAUAUUAAUUUGAUAAGCUCCUUUUAGGGGCUACUAAAGCUAAAGAAAAAAAUUCCUUUAAAUGUCUAUUUCUACAGAACUAGUUUAUGGAAGAUCACCAAACUUUGUCUGUAGCAUUCUAGGGUAGUCUUUAAUCAAGUUUGCUCAUAUUUAUAAGCCCCUUUUAGGGGUUUCUAUAGCUAAAAAUAGAAAUACCUCUAAAUGUCUAUUUCUAGAGAACUAAUGGAUGGAUGAUCACCAAACUUUGUCUGUAGCAUUCUUGGGUAGUCUUUUAUCAAGUUUGCUCAUAUUGAUUUGAUUGGCCCCUUUUAGGGGCCGCUUAAGCUAAGAAUAGAUAUACAUUUAAACGUCUAUUGCUACAGAACUAAUAGAUGGAUGAUCACCAAACUUUGUAUGCAGCAUUAUUGGGUAGUCUUUUAUUAAGUUUGCUUAUAUUAAUUUGAUUAGCCCAUUUUAGGGGCUGCUAAAAUUAAAAAUAGAAAUAUAUUUAAACAUUUUCUCCUACAGAAAUAAUUAAUGGAUGAUCACCAAACUGUCUGUAGCAUUUUUGGGUAAUCUUUUAUCAAGUUUGCUCAUAUUAAUUUGAUUGGCCCCUUUUUAGGGGCUGCUAAAGCUAAAAAUAGAAAAAAACAACAUUUAAACAUCUUCUACUUCAGAACCAACUGACGGAUGAUCACCAAACUUUAACUGUAGCAUUCUUGGGUACUCUUUUAUCAAGUUUGCUUAUAUUAAUUUGAUUAGCCCCUUCUAGGGGUCACUAAAGCUAAAAAUAGAAAAAGUCUUCGAACAUUAUUUCCUACUGAAAUAAUUGAUAGAUGAUCACCAAACUUUGUAGCAUUCUUAGGAAGUCUUUUAUCAAGUUUGCUUAUAUUUAUUUGAUUAGCCCAGUUUAAGCUAAAGCUUAAAUGUCCCAGGUCAUGGCAUUUCUUCAAAUUAUUGUUAUGCCCCCACUUCGAAGAAGAGGGUGUAUAUUGCUUUGCACUUGUCGGUCCGUCCCGUCCGUCGGUCCGUAGACCAAAUGGUUUCCGAGUGAUAACUAAAGAACCCUUAGGCCUAGGAACUUCAAACUUGGUAUGGUGAUUGGUCAUGACCAGUAGAUGACCCCUAUUGAUUUUGGGGUCAAGGGGUCAAAGGUCAAGGUCAUAUUGACCUUGUAAGCAAAAACGGUUUCCGAUCAAUAACUAAAGAACCUUAAGGCCUAGGAACUUCAAACUUGGUAUGGUGAUUGGUCAUGAUCAGUAGAUGACCCCUAUUGAUUUUGGGGUCAAGGGGUCAAAGGUCAAGGUCACAUUGACCUCUUAGGUAAAAACGGUUUCCGAUCAAUAACUAAAGAACCCUUAGGCCUAGGAACUUCAAACUUGGUAUGGUGAUUGGUCAUGACCAGCAAAUGACCCCUAUUGAGUUUUGGGUCAAGGUGCCAAAGGUCAAGGUCACAUUGACCUUGUAAGUAAAAAAGGUUUCUGAUCAAUAACUAAAGAACGCUUGGACCUAGAAACUUCAAACUUUGUAUGGUGAUUGGUCAUUGCCAGCAGAUGACCCCUAUUGAUUUUAGGGUUAAGGGGUCCAAGGUCAAGGUCACAUUGACCUUGUAGGUAAAUACGGUUUCCGAUCAAUAACUAAUGAACGCUUAGGCCUAGGAACUUCAAACUUGGUAUGGUGAUUGGUCAUGACCAGCAGAUGACCCCUAUUGAUUUUGGGAUAAAGGGGUCAAAGGUCAAGGUCACAUUGACCUUGUAAGUAAAAAUGGUUUCUGAUCAAUAACUAAAGAACGCUUAGGCCUAGAAACUUCAAACUUUGUAUGAUGAUUGGUCAUUGCCAGCAGAUGACCCCUAUUGAUUUUGGGGUUAAGGGGUCCAAGGUCAAGGUCACAUUGACCUUGUAGGUAAAAACGGUUUCCGAUCAAUAACUAAAGAACGCUUAGGCCUAGGAACUUCAAACUUUGUAUGAUGAUUGGUCAUGACCAGUAGAUGACCCCUAUUGAUUUUGGGGUCAAGGGGUCAAUGUCAUAUUGACCUUGUACUUAAUGAAGGUUUCUGACCAAUAACUCAACAACUCAAGUUGCCUUGGUUGAUAUUUUUAUAUUAAACUAAAAAUGCUUUUGGUAUACACAUUUGAAGGUCUUAUGUAAUAUAAGAACUUGGCUGUCAUUAAUGAGGCCUACAUGAUUCAUAAAAUGUAUGCAUAUAUUAUUUGGUAAGAUUUGUAAUAACUUUAAUUGCUGCACACAACCUAUUGGGUCACAAUAAUUAUUACCUUGUGACUAGUCAUGACCAGUAGAUACUAGAUAACCCUUAUUAAUUGUUUGUUCACUGGGUCAGAAGUCGUGCAUAAUAACCUGAUCACAUGACUUAUUGGCUGCCGAUAGGGGGCAUACAUGUUUUACAAACAUAUCUUGUUUACACAUAUUCUAUGCUCAAAUGUUUUAUUAGAAUAUACACUGAAAAACAGUUGUUUCUGGUGAGCGACUCAGGGUCAUCAUGGCCCUCUUGGUUUUUUGUUUGUGAAAUAUAAAAUCUCAAAUUAUCAUUUGCUUGCUCUUAAUGAUUCAAUAACCGCAAUGUUAUCUAGAUUGUUUGUAUGUGAGGAAGCUAUCCAGUAAGCUUACAAAAAUCAUGAAGAAAAGGUUAGGAAAAUAGACUAAAAUAAUCCAGUAAACAACCCCAACUCUGCCCCCCCCCCCCAAAAAAAAAAAUACAAAAAAUAUAACAACAAUUUCAAAAAACAAUCUUUAGUCAACUUGACUCUGUGAUCACUGACUUCAUGUAAGCUAUAUAGAUGGAUAUCUUCUUACACGCUUGAAAUAAUCCAAAGUUCGUGUUAUGAUUUAAACCUACCUUUAAGUAAAAAGGCUGCCAUUUGAGUUUUAAAAUGGAUUUGUGAAACUAUGGAAUAUGUAGCCUACAUCUCCCGCACUAAUUCUCUUCAUUGCAAAUAAUUGAGGUCACUGACUUAGAACCACUUGCCUGUAACUUUUGUACAUUGUAUGUUUGAAUUCCACCAGGGAUUUGGGAUUCUUUCGUGUUAUGAAGCUGUACAGCUUUGAUACACGAAAGAAUCCCAAAUCUCUGGUGGGAUUCAAACCCUGUUAUAUUUUGGAGGAUAGUGCAAGAUACAGAAAGAUACCCGAAUUCCAAAAACUUCCCCUGGUUAUUUAACGCACCAAGCGUUUAAGCACUCAUAUAUGGGACCUCGAUUUUAAGUCUCAUCCGAAAGACUGAUUAGUAAUUUUAGUUGGCUAGCCCGGGAUCGGAACCCACAAUGUCUAGAUUACAAAUUUUGCUCUCUAACCGAUUAACGCUAUGUGGGCUGGCUGAAUAGUGAUUGUGAUGCACUUAGUUAAAGUUUAUAUGCGUCAUAUUGUAACACUUGCAUUUGAUAGGAUAAUCUUGUUACUUGAUUUUGAUAUGUCAGUCUUGUUUAAAGUUAUCUUAGUUUUUUACAGGCCCAUUAUGGCCCGGAAUUUCUUUAUUUUCAUUUUUCAAAAGCUUUUUAUUUUUUGUCCUUUUACAGUUUCCAAAAUUACUAAUUGGCCAAUUAACUGAACCAUCUUUUGCAUCUGUUGCAUUUUGGCAAUCAGUUAAAUAUGUAGUUAUUUAGUAUUUUGACUUCCUUUCAAAAUACUUCUUUAUUUACAUUUGCAACUUUUAUGACAGAAAAUUUCAGACCCAUCUUAAAUGUUCUAAAACCAUUAUUUAAAUCUUAUAAAGUCAUGUUUGCCUUUUCUAGAAUGAACAAUUUAAUCACUUUUGAGGCAUAAUGUGUGGAGAAGAAGCUAUGACCUCAUACAUUUAAAGUCUGUAUCAGGGAUUAAUUAUCACACAAGUUCACAUUUUCAUUUUAAUAUAAGUCUCUAAGUUCAUAUUUAUUAGUACUCAUUAUUAUUACAAUCUUACUGUCUUGUAUUGAUAUUCUUAUACAAUGUAUAAUUUACACAUAUUGGAUGGAAGGGCACACAAGCUCUUCCUCCAUCAGCCUUAUGAUCAUAAAAUUUCUGAAAUCCCAAAACCAAAAACUUAAGUCAUAUUUUGAUAUGAAAUUUUUUUUUGUAAAAUUCUAACAUAAAUUAUGAUGUAUUAUUCCUCUUGCUUAUUGUUAGCAUUUGAUUGAUUAAACUUGUAGUCACUUCAUUGUUAAUGGAGACCAAUAGGAAAAUGGCUGUUUCAAAGAGACUGCAAUAUUUUCUUUGUUAAGAAACAAAAUAGGAUAUUAUAUAUAUAUACUAGGAGAAAAAGAAACGCCGGGUAACCUAUAAUGAUUGUUUUAAGGGAUAAAUUGUAUUAUUGGAUUAUUAUAUUCAUUUUUGUAUGAAAUGUCAUCUGUAUGGAACCAGCUGUUGAAGUUUCAAUCGAUUUCCGAUGCUGAUUAUGUGAAAAAAUACCCCCUUUUAACGAUGACCCUUCUUGUUUUGCGAAACACGGCCGGACAUAUCAGUAUCUUGUGUGUCCUCCAUGCGCAGCUGUGGCAGCCCUGAUCCGUCUAUGCAUGGAAUUCACCAGGGUGUUAAUCAUGGCCAUGGGGAUGUUAUUCCAUUCUUCAUGCAAGGCAUGUGUGAGCUGGACAUGAUUAGUGGGGGCAUUUGGACGUCUCCUUACCCUCCUAUCCAGUUCGUCCCACAAAUGUUCAAUUGGGGACAAAUCUGGACUGAAUGCUGGCCAAUCGAGUGGGUGUAUGUUACUGUUGGCAAGAAAUUGCUGGCAAACUCUGGCGACAUGGGGCAUUAUAUAAAUCUGACCGAUUUUCAUUAUUUUAGGCCAAGCAAUAAAAUAUGUGUUGCAUAUUUUAUGUACCCGGUGUUUCUUUUUCGUCCUAGUAUAUAUACAUAUAUAUAUUGGGAAAUUGCUACUUGCAGUUGUUUCUUUAAUUAUUUGAGUACUGAAAUUAUUAUAUAUUAAUCCUUUAAAUUAAUAUGUGUAUAUUAAUAUUUUUAUUUUAUACUAUAAUGAACCAUUUAUGUUUUUUUUUUCUGUGAUACUGUUGAAAAUUAUAUGCUGUUUUUGUAUCAUUUUAUAUUUUCUAAAACUUAAUAUUCCAUUUGUUUAAAGAAGUUGGUUAAUAGUGAAUUUUCCAUCUGUUAUUUUUUUGUUAUUUAUGUGUUACAUCCGAGUCUUUCAAAUAGAUUCAAUUAUAUUUGAAAAACCCGGGUUACGUGUAGUUAUUUAUCAUAGUAAAGAAAUGCAUGCAUAUUUGUAAC